AUGGAAAAUGAAAAAACAAUUGCUUCCGAAAAGGUUUCUUUCUCAGACGCAGAGAUAGAUAAAAGAACAGCUGAGCAAAAAGCUAUUGAUAAUUGGCUUCCUAUAACUUCUUCAAGGAACGCUAAAUGGUGGUACGAUGCUUUUCAUAAUGUCACUGCUAUGGUUGGAGCUGGUGUCUUGAGCCUUCCACCUGCCAUGGCAAGUCUUGGAUGGGGACCAGGAGUGGUGAUUCUGAUCUUAUCAUGGUUAAUAUCUCUACACACUCUAUGGAAGAUGGUUGAGAUGCAUGAAAUGGUGUCUGGAAAAAGGUUUGACAGAUACCAUGAAUUAGGGCAAGAAGCAUUUGGAGAAAAGCUAGGACUUUGGAUUGUGGUGCCACAACAGUUGAUAUGUGAAGUUGGUGUGGACAUGGUUUAUAUGCUGCCACCGAAAAAAAUCCCUGCAAAUUCAUAA